AAACGUUUGCAUUCCAAGAUAAAACCACUCCUGCCACAACCACAACCGCAUUCUGUCACCCCAUUUCCAACCAUCCAUUCAGACUCCGAUCGAGAGCAGAGAGAUGGUCGAGCCUGCUAUUUCUGCCGUCGCUGGGAGCAUCAAGGACCUUGCUGUCCAGGAGACCACACUGCUGUGCGGAGUUAUUGGUGAAGCCGGGUUCUUGAAAGAUGAGCUGCAGCGGCUACAGGGCUUCCUCAAAGAUGCCGACACCAAGCGGAGAUCAGGGAAUGCAAAUGCCACUGUCUGCAUUAGGCAGAUCAGGGAUGCCACAUAUGAAGCUGAGAAUGUCCUCCAAGUUGUGGACUACAUGGAAAAGAGAAACAUGCUCAAGAAGGGAUUUGUCGGUGCCAUUUCAAGGUAUGCUCGCUUACCAAGCGAUUUGAUCACUCUCCAUAAAGUUGGUAAUGAAAUUCAACGUAUAAGGAGGAGGGUUAGGGAGAUAUUUGAAAGUACAAGAGAUUUGGAAUUCCUUUAUCAGGGUAAUACAGAGUUAGGCAAUUUUCAUGUUGAUGAUGAAUCCCUGCAAGAUCACGGUCUUGUGCUCCAAAAUUUUGAAGCUGUUACUGUUAUCGGUUUUGACAAUGAGCAAAAAGAAAUAGUUGAAAAAUUAACUGAAAAGGAUAACAAGCUUAGUGUAGUCUCCAUUGUUGGCAUGGGUGGAGCAGGAAAAACUACACUUGCUAGAAAAAUCUGCACUUCAGAUAAAAUAAAACAACAUUUCGACGCAAUUGCUUGGGUUACUGUAUCUCAGAAGUUUGAGGUUGUUGAUUUAUUGAAGGAUAUUAUGAAACAAAUCACUAGGGGCAGAGAUGAUGGUAGAGAAGUUGGUCAAAUGGAAGAAAUAGAUUUGAGAAACAAGAUACAAGCCUUCCUUACAGAAAAAAGAUAUUUAGUUGUGCUUGAUGAUGUGUGGACAACAAAUACAUGGAACCAAAUAAAUAGAAUGGUCAAAGUAUUUCCAGACGCAAAUAAUGGCAGUAGAGUAAUGUUAACCACCCGGAAGAUUGAUGUUGCUAAUCAUAUUGAAAUGCCAACCUAUGUUCACCAACUGAAGCUCUUGGAUGGUGAAAAGAGUUGGGAACUUUUUAGUACGAAAGCUUUACCACCAUAUAGAAGGUCCUUGAUACAGAACAUUGAUGAGUUUGAAGAGAUAGGGAGAAAGCUUGCACGGAAAUGUAAAGGACUACCACUUGCACUAGCUGUUUUGGGGGGCUAUCUAUCAAGGAAUUUAAAUCUAGAAAAAUGGUCGGAUAUACUACAGGGUUGGGUGUCAACUGAAAAUGGGCAGAUGAUGGGAGCCAUACUAGCUCGAAGUUAUAGUGACUUGCCAAAUCAUUAUAUAAAAUCUUGUUUCCUCUAUCUUGCUGUCUUCCCUGAGGAUUACUCCAUAUCUGUAUGGGAUCUUAUCAAAUUAUGGAUAGCGGAAGGCUUCAUUCCACCUAUAACAAGGCACACACGGGAACAAACAGCACGUAUGUACGUAAGUGAUCUGGCUCAAAGAUGUUUGGUUCAAGUGGUUAGUCGAAGCAAGAUCCACGGAUGGAUUGAAGAAAUAAGGAUUCAUGAUAUUUUACGUGACUGGUGCGUUGAAGAAGCGAGAUAUGCUGGUCUUGUUGAUGUCAUCGACAACACUAUAGGCCAUGUUGGUGAAUCUUCGUCCAAUACCAUGGUCUCCUAUCGUUCAUCUUUUCAAAACUUCUGUGAUGGUAACAUGUUCACAGCAACACCUAAUCUCCGAACUCUGUUUGGCUUUGAACUUCCACCAUUCUCCCUACCCAAGCUGAGAUUCCUCAGAGUUCUCCAUGUGGAAAAGUCGAGCCUAAUUGAUUUUGGCAGGGUUAUCAGUGGGUGCAUUCACCUAAGAUAUCUCGGGUUGAGAGAGUGUAGGCAGGCCACGCUACCUUCUUCAAUUGGACAAUUGCUUUACUUGCAAACUAUAGACCUGAGAGAAACGAACUUGAGAUCGGCCAUACCAAACUCUUUAUGGGACAUCCCUACUCUAAGGCAUGUUUACCUUCAUAACACAUUUUUAACAGCUACGAGGAAUUGUUCACAGAAAGAGCUCCAGUCCUUACAUUUGCAUCUCCUACACGAGGAGAGCACUAAAUUCUUCCGAAGUGGGUACAUGGUGGCCUUUUUGGGCCAAAUGACCCAACUAACUACUCUCGUAUUGAAAGUGUGGUCCAUGCCCGCAGAGACGAUUCAUUUAUUGACAAACAUGACUUUUCUAGUUGAGGUUACCCUUGGUGUGUUCACGUUGCUCGAUAAGUUGCCUGAGAGCCGGCUUCUCCCGCAAGGCCUACGGAGGCUUCUUUUAUCCGCCGAAACCAUUAAAGAAGACCCGAUGCCAAUCCUGGAGAAGCUUCCCUGCCUGGUGGUGCUCCAGUUACGGGGGUACGAAGGCCGAACCAUGUUCUGCUCUGCCAAAGGGUUCCCACGGCUGCAAGAGUUGUACCUUAAUCGUUUCUCCAUUGAGGAGUGGAGGUUGGAGGUGGAGGCGAUGCCAAGGCUCUCACGCCUGAACCUUUAUCUUUGCCGGAACAUGAAGCAGCUCCCGGAGGGGCUUCUGCACCUGCCGGCCCUCAAGGAGCUUCGUCUGGUUCGCACGGGCAUGAAUCCUGAAGAUGACGUCACCUGGAAAAAGCUGGUUGGGAAAGGAUGCAAGGUGUUUCGUCUUUAAUGCAAUCUUCAACUGGUGCUUCGUCGUCGCAUGCCGCACGCGCGCAUGAGAGGAGAAUGUAAAUUGCAAUGCAUUUCUGUUGCUUUCUCUCCAGUAUUUCUGGUGUAUUUAUGUUACACCUAUCAACUGUAUGUACUCUGUUUCUCGACAUGAGAUUUCAGCAAGCAAACUUGUGCUUCUGAGAAGAACACGGUUGUGAUCUUUUGUAUUUCCUAUCUGGACAGUGGCUUGGCUUGUACGUUUUAUACAAUGUGGAGAGGUUUGACUGGCUUUCUCUU